AUGAACCGUGAGAAAUGGAAGAAGCAUCGUUCGGAGUUCUUGAAUGACGACUGUGGGCAAAAUGCUCUUCAGCUGGCGGCGCGGGGAAGCAGCAUCAUCGCCGAGAUCCUGCGCCUCUCGGAGCACAUUCCGCUCGAGUUCAUCCGCCCCGAGGAGACGGAGUACGCCGCCCUCAUUAGUGACUUUCGCUACUUCAAGGCGCAGGAUGCGUUUGAAGAACGCAUUCAGAGCUCCAUUGAGCUGCUUCAAAAGGACGAGGUGUUUGCCAGCACCCACAUGGAGCUCCUUGACCGUUUUUUUAAGCUCUUCCGCGGCGUCUACGGGUACGUGAUGGAGCUAAACCGCUUCAUAGAGGAGAUACGGGAGGGAAUGUACAUUUCGCAAACGCUAGAGUCAAUUUUGGUUAAUCUUGACGGCAAACAGCUCAUCUGUGAGAUUCUGCAGCUCUACGGUGUUAUGCUGCUACUGCUAGAUCGCAAAAUUGGGGGAAGGACGCGAGAAAACCUUCUUGUGAGUUACAUUCGUUACAAGGGCGCCGGUGAGGCAAACAUGGUUGAGGUCACCAACCUCUGCCGCGCAACCGGCUAUGAGCCUGAGCAGGCGUUACCGGAGUGUUAUCCUGUGGCGUACUUUAGUCGUGUGCCGAUUGACAAGGAGGUGGUGGGAAUGAUUUUGGGGCGUAUUCGCUCGGAUGACAUUUACCAGAUGGCGUACAAUUAUCCUGCGCCCGAGCACCGCAGUGCCGCCUUGGCGCUGCAGGGAGCUGCCCUGUACGUGCUUCUCUUUUUCCGUCCAGAGAUACUGCACCAAGAGGGGCCUGUGAUGCGAGAGAUUGUGGAUAAGCACUUUGCAGACAAUUGGGUGAUAAACUACUACAUGGGAUUUACGGUGGAUCUCACGCUGGCGUGGCAGGAUUUCAAGGCGGCCAGCGCCGCCAUAAGUGGGACCGUGGCUACGGAGAAUGUGGGCUACCACCUGGCGCGGAUGCGGACUGGCAUGGCCUCCCUCAACACCUCCAUCGGCGACGUCCUGCGGGAGGGUGUGCUGACGGAGCAGUACGUUCUGGACAACAUUCACUCCGCAUUGCUGCCUCGCAUCCGAGAGGCCAACGUGGUGCUGCGAUGGUUUAUCCUCCACACAACCCGCGGCGCCCCCGGUAGUCGCUGCCUUGAGAAGUAUCGAAGGAGCUACGACAUGGUCGCGGGGGCCGUCACGGAGGACGAUAUCAUCACGCUGCUGCUACGCACGGCGCAGCUGGAGUUCACGCUCCGUGCCAUGUUCACCACCCUGCUGCGGCAGAAACGCACCAAGUGGGAGUCCUCGCGCGAGGAAGGGGCAGAGAAGAUGUCAAAGUUGGCCACCUUUUUCUCAGGGGAGCAUGUGCUUGGCGAUAACGUGCGUGAUUCACAGCUGCAGGCGUGGUUUACAGAGAUCUCUGAACGUAUUCAGGGGCUGGAGUACAACGACAGUGUCACAGCCAGCCGAAAAAUUCAAAAAUUAAUCAAAGCGCUUGAAAAUGUACAGGAGUUUCAUCAGAUUGACAGCAAUCUGCAAGUUGUUCAGUUUGUGCAGGACACACGCUUUCUUCUACGCCAGAUGAUACGGUACAUUAACAUUGAGAACAAAGUGCUCAUUACGAUCGCCACGGUGGGCGACUUGUCCUAUGCCUGGGAGCUUGUGGCCACAUACGGCUGCUUUGUGGAUGCCAUUCAAAUGAAGAUUAAGCAGCAACCAGAUCUUGCUGUGCAAAUGCGUGCCGUCUUUGUGAAACUGGCGUCUAUGCUGGAGCUGCCGUGUAACCGUAUUGAUCAGGGUGCGCAGAAUGACGCACGUCUGUUGGCGGCGCUGGAAACAACCUCGGAGUACUACUCCAGUGAACUAGUGACCUUCGCCCGAAGAGUCCUGCAUGUCAUUCCAACCUCCAUCUUUGACGUGCUGCGGCAGAUUAUGAAGAUCUUGACUGACGACCUCCGCGAGUGCCCGACGAAGCUGCUGCGCAGAGAGAUGAAGAAUGAGAGUCAGUUAGACCUCCGACGUACGCUCUCUGCCCUCACCGCUGACAUCGCCAGGUAUGCCAGUGGCAUUCUUGCGAUGGAAAGCACACUUGUGGGUGUGAUUCAGGUGGACUCGCACCAACUCUUGGAAGAUGGUAUUCGUAAGGAGCUUGUGCGACAGAUCACACACGUCCUGCAUCACUCUUUGUUGUUUGACCGAAACAACCCCAUCUCGGCGAGCCGCUUUGAUGAUGAGCUUGCUGGCCUCGCACGAAAACUGAACGGCAUCCGAGCCUCCUUUGAGUACAUUCAGGACUACGUCAAUGUUCACGGACUCCGUAUUUGGCUGGAGGAGUUUUCCCGCAUCGUUAACUUCAAUGUGGAGAUGGAGUGCAAUGCCUUUAUGCAAAAGAAGCUGUACCCCUGGAAAUCGCAGUAUCAAUCCGACAGCAUCCCUAUUCCGUACUUUCCACGCAACAAGGAGAAGGCCGCGUACAGUUUUCUUGGGAGAAUCUUGCAGCACCUGCUCACAAUGACUGAUCCAAUGCGCUCUGUCUUUUUAACGGCGUACGGCUCCUGGUACGAGCGCGAAUCUCUGCGAGAGAUUGUGGGGACGCGCACCUUUACCAGCAUUUGCAACGCCAUUGGAUCCAUGGGCCUCGGGGCGCUGGAUCGACUGAUGUGUUUUGUGCUUGCAAAGGACCUGCAGCUGGCAUUGAAGUCUAUUCGUGCGGCACUCGAGCCGGUGGAGGAGGUUGUUGCGGAGCUCGGUAGAGAGUUGUGCCCGGCCAGUGGGACGCCGCCAAACGCCGUGCACAUUUACGCCAAGCUCCUGGAGGCCUUUGGCGGCGGCAGCGGCGGCGGCGGUCACUUCGCGGAGCUCGCGAAGAUUUUGGUCCGUGUGGGGCGUAUUCAACUCAUGCGCGCGAUGCUUGCGAGUGAGCUGCGCUCCUUCUGCAAGCUGAACAGCGGCUCCCUCUUCGCCGCCCUCGCGACGGCGAACGAGGCGCUGCUGAUGGACCUGCGCCACCACUACCAUGACCCGGGCUCCCACCCGAUUCCGGACGACGCCAUCGCCGUCAUAUCCCCCUUCCUGGACUGCGUCGGCGUCAGCGACGCGUUGUCUAAGGUGUACGUGACGUCGGGGCCUAUCCCGUCUUUCGUCUUCCAUCUCCUCGCCCUCACGCUGCGCAGUGUGCCGAAGAUGCGCUACGACGCGGCCGUUUCCUCCAUGCUGCCGAACCUCUCGAAGGACUUGCUCGACCCGGAGGCGUUUGCCCAGGGCCUCUCACUCCUGCUGAAACAGUUCCACUCGGACCAGUUGGUGCUCUUCCUGAAUCACCUGUCGCAGGCGGUUCGCGUGUACGUGUGCUCCUUUGAGCAAAAGGGCGCCCGCCAGCAGGAGGACGUCCUCCCGACGGAGUCGGAGACCCUCACGCACGUGAUACACAAACUGGCGGCGGCCUCCGGCCUGCCCAUUAUCGAACUUCACCGCUCACUUCCCGCCACUCUCUGUGGGGAGUUUCGUCUGCCUACGCAGCGCAAAAAAAGGUAG